AUGUCCUACCAUCGGUCUUUAAUAACUAACGAAUUAAAUCAAAAUCGUGAUCCUCGUAAUCGUGAUCGUUCUCGUUCUGAAAUUCGUCGACCUAAUAAUAUUGAUACAAUUUCAUCGUCAGUAACUAUAGAUCAACCUUUAAGACAAGAACAAUCUACACCGACAAAUGGUGUACUAGAAUUUUUUAAAACACUUGGUCUUAAUUCACAAUUAAUUCAAGCAUUAAUUAAUGCUAAUCCUCAAAAUAUCGAACAAGUUCAAUCACAACCACAGCAACAAUUAGUAAAUAAUGCUCAAGAUUUUGCUACAUUUCUUAGUAAAAGUUAUGGACUUGAUCCAACUAUAAUACCUACACCUAAUCAAUCAAUUAAUCGAGACCCCCGACGUCGACAAAUAUCAACUGUAGCUAAUCCAUCGAUGCCAAUAAAUUCUAAUCAAGCUUCAACAAAUGAUAUCUCAAUACAAUUUGAUCGGCCAAUGAAUCCUCGUACAAAUUCAAUAAUAACAAAUAAUACUCUUUUAAAUGUUAGUAAUAAUUCUACAUCAUCAAAAUCAAUUGAUGAAUUAUAUAAACAAUAUCUUUCUUCAAUUGAUCAAUCAUUAUUAGAUGAUGAAAUACGUAAACGUUUUCAACGUAUUGCAUUACUUGAUAAUGAAUUAGAUAAAUUACAUCGUAUGAAUAUUGAAUUAACUAAAAAUAUUGAAAGACGUUCAAGACGACGUACAUCAACAAAAGAUAAAGAUCCUUUAUUAAAAGAAAAUGAAAAUUUACAAAAUGAACUUAUUGAUUAUAUAAAAACAUUAAAAAUAACAUUGAUGAAUAAUUAUCCAACAUAUAUGUUUAAUAAUAAUACAAACAUUGGAAGAUAA